AUGCAUAUUCUCGUUGUCAACGAUGACGGGCCACCGUCGAAUCAGUCGUCACCUUACGUUCAUUCUUUAAUAGACACCCUACAAAAGGCCGGUCACACCGUUUCAGUGAUUCUACCUCACGUCCAAAGAUCAUGGAUCGGGAAAGCGCAUAUGGUCGGCCAAACGUUGACGCCUACAUAUUUUCGCCCUGGAACUCUUCAUAAAGAUGACGGCAUCACUUCAGAUCGCCCGUUUAAUGACGAAGGCGAGGAAUGGAUCUUAAUAGACGGUACUCCCGCAAGUUGUGUACAGAUCGGCCUUCAUCAUUUCUUCAAGGAAAGAGGUCCUAUCGACCUGGUCGUCAGUGGGCCGAAUUAUGGUCGGAACACCACUGCUGUCUUUGCUCUUUCUAGCGGAACCGUUGGUGGUGCCAUGGAAGGCGCAAUGAGCGGCAAGAAGAGCAUCGCUUUGUCAUACGCUUUCGAUUCCAGAGAGCAUGACCCGGAAAUCAUCUCUACUGCGUCAAAACUGAGUACCCGGUUGAUGGAGAAAUUGACACAAGAAUGGCCCGAAGACGUUCACCUGUAUAGCAUCAACGUUCCUCUACGUAAGGACGUUCAAAACAACAAAAUCCUGUACACCGAAAUGUUGCAGAAUCGAUGGCACAGUGGCAGCUCUUUCGAAGAAUUGCCUCCAGAAGAGGACGACCACGAUCCGAACACGGAGGAGCAAAUCAUUCGUGAGGGUGGAGAGGGUCACAUGAAAGUUACGAGAAAAGUACAUCGCAAGUUCAAGUGGGCUCCGAACUUCCAGGAUGUGCGGAAGGCUGUCACGGAGGCCCAGAAGGGGGACGGAUGGGAGGUGUUACAAGGCAACAUUACUGUGACGCCACUGGUGGCCAACUUCUGGCACUUGCCGCACUAUUCAGGCGAGAUCAAGCUGUGA